AUGUCCUUCUUCCCCGGCCAGGGGCAGCAACAUGGCUAUCCACCACCGCAACAAUACCCGCCUCAAGGCUAUGGAGCUCCCCCUCCUCAAGGCUACGGGCCCCCUCCUCCACAAGGCUACGGACCACCACCACAGGGAUAUCCUCCGCAAAAUGGAUAUCCGCCGCAAGGUUAUUCAGGGUACCCACCUCCUCAGGGAGGACCUUCACCACAACCAGGCUAUGGAGGGUAUGGCCCGCCACCACCGCAGCAGCCACCAAGACCGUACAGUGGAGGAUAUCAGCCGACACCACCACCAGCAGGCUCGGGCUACGGGCCGCCUGUACCUGGAGGACCACAAUACGGAGGACGACCUGGUCUACCCACCACACAUACAAACGCAUACACCCAAGGCAACCCUAACGCCCCACCUCCACCGCCUCAAAGCCAGCAGAGCUUUGGUGCAGGCGCACCUCCACAAUACAGCUUCCAAUACUCGAACUGCACAGGGAGACGCAAGGCGCUACUGAUAGGGAUUAAUUAUUUCGGACAGAGAGGGCAACUGAGAGGGUGCAUCAAUGACGUCAAAAAUAUGUCUACAUAUCUCAAUGGCAACUUUGGCUACGCGCGGGAAGAUAUGGUCAUCUUGACAGACGAUCAACAAAAUCCUAUGAGUCAGCCUACCAAACAAAACAUCCUGCGUGCCAUGCACUGGCUGGUGAAGGACGCAAAACCUAACGACUCGUUAUUCUUCCAUUACUCAGGCCACGGUGGACAGACGCCUGAUCUUGACGGCGACGAAGACGACGGCUACGACGAAGUAAUCUACCCUGUCGACUUCAGAGUAGCCGGCCAUAUCGUCGACGAUGAAAUGCACCGCAUCAUGGUGCAGACCCUCAUGCCAGGUGUGCGCCUGACGGCGAUUUUCGACUCCUGCCACUCUGGCUCCGCACUCGAUCUUCCAUACAUCUACUCUACCCAAGGUGUUCUCAAGGAACCCAACCUCGCCAAGGAGGCUGGUCAGGGUCUACUUUCUAUCGUGUCUCAAUACGCUCGUGGAGAUAUAGGUGGGAUCGCUUCGACAGCCAUGGGCUUCUUCAAGAAAGCCACAACGGGCGAUGAGGUGUACGAGAGGAACAAGGUUACAAAGACAUCGCCCGCGGACGUCAUCAUGUGGUCGGGCAGCAAGGACGACCAGACAUCUCAAGACGCACAGAUCGCCGGUCAAGCCACAGGCGCCAUGUCAUGGGCAUUUAUAUCUGCAUUGAAGAAGAACCCGCAACAGAGCUAUGUUUCGUUGUUGAACAGCAUCCGAGACGAGCUCGAAAGCAAAUACACUCAAAAGCCGCAACUGAGCUGCAGCCAUCCUUUGAACACUAAUCUUCUCUACGUCAUGUGA